GUAAAAAUGGAAAAAAGAUGAAAGCUCCACUUCAUUGUCCAGUGUCUGGUUGUCUGUAUUCUUCUGGCUCAGAGAGAUAUUUUACUGAAAAAAAGUUUUUAAAUCAGCAUUUUACUAAAGUGCAUGCUGAGAAGAAAUAUUCUUGUGCCAAAUGCAAGAAAAGUUUUGGCCUUGAUUGGUGGCGAAAACAUCAUGAAAAGACUUGUGGAAUUGAAUGGAAAUGCUAUUGUGGUGUGAAAUACACAUCUCGAGAAUCACUUCUGACUCAUGCCAGAAGAACUCAGCAUAAGCUGCCUGAUCAUGUGAUGUGCAAUGAUAAAAUGAAGCAAAAUAAUAUGAAUGUACAAUGUAGAGAGAACCCUGUAAUAGUUCUAAUACAGCCUGUCAUCCAGAACUUAACUUGCGUUCAACCAAUGCAAAUAUCAGCAUCAAAACCACGACCUAUACUUCCAAAGGCUUCGCCUCCUGUUUUGUUAACACUGCCAGUUCCAGUAAACUUUGUUUUUAACCAACCUCAGUCAUUUAUGAGCAAUACUGAGCAAUCAAAUCAAACUGAUUCUGUAUCUGAUCAUUGUGAUGAUCAAAGUAUUCAGAACCAUCAAUUUCAGUCCCAAAAGACUAUUGCAACGCAAACUGCAUGUGAAUUAGAAUAUCCUCUAAAGCUACGAGAAUCUAAAGCUUCACAGUGUAAUCGAAGAGUUCCAAAAUCAAUAGAGGUAGGUACAGAAAGUAUUCAUACUCAAACAGCAGAGAGUGCUGUUGUGAAAAUUAAGAAAAGGAGGUCUCGUAGGAAAUCUGUAGCUAUAACUACAGAAGCCAGUGUUGUAACUGAUCAGAAUGUGGAUUUAAAUCAGUCACUGUGGCCUGGUUUCCAUGAUUUCAUAUUCCAGCAGACGGAUAAUAUAAAUAUUCAAUCUUUUAAAAAUUCUGCAGCUACACAAACUAAUUCUAACAAGGUUUUAUGUGACUCUCAAACAAUUACAGAUGAGGAAUUAUUUAAAUUUACUUGGGAUGAUGUAGCAAAGGAAAAAGAUACCAGUGAGACUUGUAGCUCACCGUUCGAAAUAUUAUCUGAUCUAGCAGCUGUUGAUUCAUUAACUACUUUGCAAGAAGAUAUAAACCAUAAUACUUUAUCUGAGUUAAACAUUUUUGCCAACAAUGCCGUUGCUGACAACGCAUUUGAUUCUACUGUUAAAACGUACAGUACUGAAAAUAGUUCUUUCCAGAAUCCACCUUUGGAGAAGGAUAUUACCAGUGAAACUUGUUCUCUUUUUUCAGUAUUUGGGAAUUGCUCUAAACCGGAGUUGCAAAAUAAAGUAUCUCAACCUACAUUAUCUGAUAUACACACGCAAACUAUGGCUUCUACUAUCUUAGAUGAUAAUUUACUUGCAAAUAUGGAAACACAAACAACUGAUGAUUUCAUCUUUUCAGAUUUGGAAUUUUCUGAUACUGAAACACAAACUCCAUGGGAAGAUUUCCCAAAUAUUGAUGAUUCUCCAAUGCAGGCAGAUCAGUUAUCAAUAGAAAUUCAAACAGAUUUUUCAUCUUUCAAUCCUGGGCUAAAUCAGGAUCCAUACAAAUUUAUAAAUAGCAUGGAUGUGCAGAGCAUGAUUGGUGGCUGUUCAAAUAAAGAGACAUUGGGUGUUAAUAUUGAAACUCAAACUCUUGAUAAAUUAACCUUUCCACAGUUUACCAAUUCUGAAUCUCAAACAUUAGAUAUGUCUGAUUUCUUAUUUACUUCCUAAGUUCAAAUUAAAGGAGUUAUUUAUAAAUAACACUGUAGGUCCUCCAGCAAAAGUUUUUGCAGAAAGAUUGAACAAAUUUAAAGCUACUAAGUGCAUUCCACUAUGUGUAUUUUGUAUAAAUUAGAGGAUAACUUUUGUUUUUAUAAAAGUUGUAAAAUUGUUGUUUAUCUGUUUAUUUAUAAAAUGUAUUUAUUGUUUUAUAUUAUGUUUAUUUUCCUAAUUUUGAAU